AUGGAUGAAUUGGAAAUGGUAUUGAGAACCAACAAAAGUAAAAGCCCUGGACCAGAUUGCAUCCCUUAUAUUUUUAUCCAAAAUCUACUCUUCAAUGGUAUCAAAUACCUACUUGACAUCUUUAACACUAUAUGGGUUAAUAACGUAUUCCCAAAACACUGGAGACACGGUUUUGUGAUCCCAAUCCUCAAGCCCAAUAAGAAUAAAUAUCUCACCGAAAGCUAUCGCCCCAUCACUUUACUUAGCACACUAUGUAAGCUACUUGAAAAAAUCAUUAAUCGUCGACUCAUCUGGUUCCUUGAAAAAAUUAAAUACAUAUCUCCCGAACAAAAUGGCUUCAGACAAAAUAGAAGCACUCAAAACAAUCUCCUAAGUAUUAAAAGAGAAAUCGAAAUAGCUAAUAGCAACAAACAAAGUUUAGGCAUGAUCAGCUUCGAUAUUGCCAAGGCCUACAACACCACUUGGAGACCAAGAAUAUUGUACAUACUUAACAAAAUAGUAAGUAAAGGGAACCUACUUAACUUCAUCCAAAACCUAUUACUUGAACGUUCAUUCCAAGUUAAAUCAUCCAACUGCUUAUCUGAUACAUACACACAAGAAAAUGGAGUUCCUCAGGGUUCUUCAAUUUCCGUAACCCUUUUUCUGCUAGCCAUUAAUGACAUUUCCAAGCAAACACCAAAACCAAUCAUUCCCAUACUGUACGCUGAUGAUUUCUCCAUUUUAUGUCGUAGCAGCAGUCUAAUAACAAUAAAACAAAUCCUACAAGAUGCCACAAACUCACUAAGAAAUUGGUCAAAUUCAUCUGGGUUUAGAUUUUCAGCUGAAAAAACUAAACUCAUUAUAUUCAACAACAAAAACAAAAAUAAAAUGUCAAUUAAUCAGAUCAUACCAUCAACUAUCAGCCUUCAGCCACCUUGGACAAUCUCCCUAGAUAUCAAUCUCGAACUACAUCAGCUCCCCAAAAAGGACACUAAUCCUAAAAUAUAUAAAUACCACUUUAAUGAAAUCAUAGCCAAUGCCGAACCUCAUAUACAGAUAUACACAGACGCAUCCAUAACAGAUCAAAGAGUUGGGGUUGCAAUCAUAUGUGGUGACACUGAAAUCCAACUUAAACUAUCUGACAAAUGUUCAAUAUAUACCGCUGAAGCCAUGGCUAUACUAGAAGCAAUCAAAUAUUUCAUACAAUCCGUCGAUGAUAAACGCUGUAUCAUACUAAGCGAUUCACUCAGUGCAAUAACAAGCCUCAAAAAUAUAAAUAACCCUACCGAUAUAGCUAGAAAUAUUCACAACUUUUGUCACAUUGCAUGUUCUGCCGGGAAACACAUAUCCUUCAUGUGGAUUCCAGAACAUUGCAAUAUAACAGGAAAUGAAAAAGCCGACGAGGUCGCAAAACUUUCACACAUAUCACCCAAAGCUAUCAAUGUACCAGGAUUCACCUACAGCGACGCAAAAAAAUAUAUAAAAAAUCUUUAUGCCAUAAAGUGGCAACGAUAUUGGUCAAAUCAAUCAACCAAACUCAAUGAAAUUAAAAAAUCAAUUCUCCCAUGGCCUCCUACUCCCGGUUGUUCUAGACGACAAGAAACAAUUUUAAACCGCCUAAGAAUAGGCCAUACAUUACUAACCCACCGCCACCUUAUGACAAGAGAGGAUCCCCCCAACUGUACUACCUGCGGUGUCCAACUCACCAUCAAGCACAUCUUCACAGAAUGCAGAAAUAACCAGCAAGAACGUAUGAUAACCCUUGGAGCCACCCACUUAUAUGAAAUCUUCAGCCCGGAACCAACCGCAACUCAAAAACUAUUUAUUUUCCUAAAAAAAUCUACCCUAUUCAAUGAAAUAUAA